AUGGAGGCGCGUUGGGGUGCGCCGGUGUGUCUGGUGGUGCUGGUGCGGGCCUGGGCGCUGGUAUCGGGGCAGGUGCGGUACUCGGUGCCGGAGGAAGCCAAGGUCGGGACGGUGGUGGGGCGGCUGCCGCAGGAGCUGGGUGUGGAGGCGGGCGAUGCGGAGGCGCGGCGGCUGCGUGUGGUGUGGCAGGGCCGGCGGGCGAGCGUGGAGGUGAGCGGGGCGAGCGGGGCGCUGGUGGUGAGCUCGCGACUGGACCGGGAGGAGCUGUGCGGCAAGAGCGCUCCCUGCUCCCUGCGUCUGGAGCUGCUGCUGGAGCGGCCGCUGCGCGUCUUCCAUGUGGAGCUGGAGGUGACCGACAUUAACGACAACGCCCCGCUCUUCCCCGCCGCACGGAAAAACAUCAGUUUACCGGAGAACUCCCCAGUCGGUUCCCGUUUCCCACUGGAGGGCGCGUCGGAUGCAGAUAUUGGAGCGAACGCGCAGCUCUCCUACACACUGAGUCCCAGCGAGCACUUCACGCUGGAUGUUAAAUCCCCUGAUGAAAAUAGGAAAUCUCUCUUUUUGAUCCUCUCGAAACCUCUGGAUCGGGAAACGGUGUCUGUGCACCGGUUGGUGCUAAUGGCGAAUGACGAGGGCCGGCCAUCCCUAACGGGCACGAUGGAGGUGGUGAUCUCGGUGCUGGAUGUGAAUGACAAUAUCCCGCAGUUCAACCAGUCGGUGUACAAAGCGAAACUGCCGGAAGAUGCCUUGGAGGGGACGCCUCUGUUGCGAGUGAACGCCACGGAUCCGGAUUUGGGACCAUACGGAGAUGUGAUUUACGAAAUUGAUAAUAUUGUUCCUGCCUCGGGUUCAGAUCUGUUCAGCAUCGAUGCGAACAGCGGCGAGAUCAGAUUGAAGGGAGCCCUGGACUUUGAGGCAGUUAUUUUCUACGAGCUGAACAUUAAGGCGAAAGAUAAGGGAUUGCCUCCGAUGUUGAGUCACUGCAGCGUGGAGUUGGAGGUGCUGGACGUGAACGACAACGCACCCGAGGUGUGGGUGACGUCGCUGUCGGUGCCGGUGCCGGAGGACGCGUCGGUGGGGACGGUGGUGGCGCUGCUGAGCGUGUCGGACCGGGACUCGGGGGCAAACGGGCGAGUGCGGUGUUCAUUAUGGCCGGCAUCGCCGUUCGGUCUGGAGUCGAGGUUCGCGGGAUCGUACUCGCUGGUGCUGCGAGAGGCACUGGACCGGGAGCGGGUGUCGGAGUACGAGGUGGAGGUGCGGGCGGAGGACGGCGGGAAGCCGUCGCUGCAUGCGAGGCGCGAUGUGCGUGUGCCGGUGUCUGACGUGAACGACAACGCGCCGUCGUUCUCGCAGGCCGUGUACACGGUGCUGGCGCGGGAGAACAACGCGGCGGGCGCGGAGCUGGCGCGGCUGUGGGCGCGGGACCCGGACGAGGCGGACAACGGUCGCGUGAGCUACUCGUUGUGGGAGGGCGUCUCCGGGGCCCCGUGGUCAGGCGGCGGGUGGCGUCCGGCGUCGAGCUACGUGUCGGUGGACGCGGAGAGCGGUCGCCUGUGGGCGGUGCAGCCGUUAGACUACGAGGAGCUGCAGGUGUUGCAGUUCGAAGUGCGAGCGGUGGACGCGGGGGAGCCGCCGCUGGUCGGCAACGCGACGGUGCAGCUGUUCGUGGUGGACGAGAACGACAACGCACCGGUGCUGCUGCCGACCGCGGGCGGCGGUGCGGGGCUGGUUCCGUUUGUGGGUGACGUGGGCGGGUCGUCGGUAGAGGGGGCUUCGGGAUCGGAGUCGGAGACGCUGUGGGCGUGGGCGGCGUGGGGGUCUCCGGCAGGGCAGGUGGUGGCGAAGAUCCGUGCGGUGGACGCGGACUCGGGCUACAACGCGUGGCUGCGGUACGAGGUGUGGGAGCCGCGUGGGAAGGGCCCGUUCCGCGUGGGGCUGUACAGCGGCGAGGUGAGCACGGCGCGGGCGCUGGAGGAGGCGGACGGCCCGCGGCAGAGGCUGGUGAUCGUGGUGCGGGACCACGGCGAGCCGUCGCGCUCGGCCACGGCCACGCUGAGCGUGUCGCUGGUGGAGGGCGGCGAGGCGGCGCUGGCGGCGGCAGGGUCGUCGUCUUCGUCGGUGUCGGGUGUGGUGCUGCCGGCGGAGGUCAGCGCGGCGGCGGGCGCGGCUUCGGCGUCGGCCAACGUGUGGCUGGUGGUGGCCAUCUGCGCGGUGUCGAGCCUGCUGGUGCUGGCGCUGGUGCUGUACGGGGCGGCGCGCUGGGCGCCGCGGGCGGCCGUGCUGUCGGGGCCGGCUCCGGCGACGCUGGUGUGCGCCAGCGAAGUGGGCAGCUGGUCGUACUCGCAGCGGCAGAGCCGGAGCCUGUGCGUGGCGGAGGGCGCGGGCAAGAGCGACCUGAUGGUUUUCAGCCCCAGCUUGCCGCCACUGCCGCCUCAGCCUGGCCCCGCGUCCAAGGACACCUCGCAGCGGGAGCCUUCCGCUCUGCUGAACACGGUCAGUGGCUCUCCCUUUCUCGCCUCUACACACCGCUCUUCCUUUCUUUCUUGCCCCCACAACCUGAUACUCCCCUUCCUUGCUCUAUGCUUCUCGUGUGGUGCUGAGCCAGAAACGGACUGCGCACGCACGGCCAGUGGCAGUCGGCGUGCGAGGCGGCGGAGCAGCACACGGUGUCGCUGCAGGCUCAGAAACGGCAGCAGAGCAGCUCUGCGGCUCCACCCCGAUACGGCGGAGAGCACGGCAAUGAGCGCGGGGGGGCGGCGCUGCACGGGACUCGGCAGACAGAAGAACCGGUGUGUGCGGGAGGCAGCGCGGAGCCUUGCAGAGUCACGGCGGGGCCCGUGA